AUUUCUUUGUUUUUUAAAGGUUGACGCCUGCCUCGAUAUUACAGCAGCAUAUUGCGCCCAUACUUCUUCUUCUCUCUUUCUUCUUUUUUUAAAAUUUAUCUAAUUCACUCUUCCGUAACGACAUCCUGAAUCAACAUGACUAGCACCAGUCACCGCAAGAAUAUAUAUGACGACUUUGUUUACGAUCAGCCAGAGACACCGGCCGACAAUGCGUCUGUCCUAAGUGCAUUAUCUCCCCUUGUCGAUGCCGUUCGAUAUGCAAAACGAGAAGGAACACGCGACUGGCAACGUUUGUUUGGAUCUUUUUCGAAAUGGACUUCUGGUUCAACACCAAAAAGAGUAGAGGGCAACAAAAUCACUAAACGACGUCCUGAGUUGAUUCCUUCAGUACGACGACGGCAAUCUAGCGGAAGCAGGAUCGGAGACGAUCUCAGCGAAAACAGCACUUCCUUAACACCGGUUCUUGAACGGCAUUCACUGUAUCGUGACGCUAGCUUUGAUGAAGACCGUCCUCAAAUAAUGCCCUCGUCAUCAGUACCGCGUUCUCCACUUCGAUACCGUGAAUCUAUAUUUGGAUCAGCAUCGCAGAGCAUUGACUCCAGAGCACCGACGCCGUCGCUGGAAGGAUCUGUAGCUCCCUCAAACCGUUCGUCGAUCUGUAUGUUGGAAGAUCGUGAAAAUGACGUCUUAUCGGGUGACCCACGAGAAGAAAUACUACCUGCCUAUCGUUCGCCUGUACGGCAUUCGCUCAGGCCGAGACCAGUUGCAGUAACAAUGACACAAUCAGACGCAUUACACACCGGACUAAAAGGCAGCAGAGAGCUUGAGCGCCUCGAUAGACUCCAGGAACGGCUUGAGGAAAUCAGGAACAUUACCAAGACUCUUGCACAGCCUCUCGAUGCUUCAACAUUCGCAACCAAAACUACAACAGCACGACAACACCGUACGCUCGAGUCACUCAAAACUUCUCCGUUGCGCAGCACUCGACGAGACUCGGGCCCACACUCUCUAAUUGAACACCCCUCACCACAACAGUCUCCACAACCUUCUCCAAUGCGAUCUCAAUCAUCCCCAGCUAUACAACCUCGAUCAAUGGUUUCUAUAGCAAAAUCAUUUGGUGAGCCAAUCAUUGCACCACCAUCUGCGCCACCACCGCCACCACCACCUCCACCCCCACCGGCACUAGCACCAUCCACAUCUGCACAAAGCUUUAGACGGCGCCAAUCAAUGCGGUCUAAUAAGACUCCAAUUUCUCGCUCGCCUCCAGCUACUACGCACCAAGCCGAAUCCAGUACACCCACUAGAGUGAUGCGAGAUGUACUAGAUGACAUACCCACAGCCAGACUGCGCUCGACUGCUACAUAUCGAAGCCCAAACGGUAGCAAGAUAAACAACAAGUUCUGGGAAGAAAUACAAGCUGCAAAAAAGCAAUCGACUGUUAUAGGUCAGGAAUCGAGAAGCACUCCCUUGCAAAGCACGCCACUACGAAGCUCGAUUAGUAGUACAGCAAGAAAAGGCAAGAGUCCUGCCAAAUUGCCGAGUCAAUGGGAAGAAGGUGACUUCUGGACAAGAUCAUCAGGAGGAGCAACCAGCUCGUUAACUGACAAGUUGCAACGGAUGGCACAAGAAGAAGCGGAGGAGCGAGAAUGGAAACGCAGACUUUCACAAACGCACACGCCGGGAUCACUGGGGGAUGAACUGCAAGCAGCAAACAAAAAGGCACAAGAAGACGCGCUCAAAAGAGACCGUAUUCAAGUCGAGGGAUCUUCCUUUUCUCUUGAGCCGACGACACCAGACUCUUCAUCUGACCAUGCAACGUUGGAAGCACGUCGGAUCGAUGGUGACGAAUGGGUCUUUUCUGGAAAGCAGUACACAGUAAAUGAGAAGAAAAGAAAGCUAUAAAAAAUAAACUUCAGAUAAAAGAAUUUAAGUUGACAACAUCGUAAUAAAUUCUCAUGCCGACC